AUGACGGAAGUUAUAGAUCAAACAUUUCUUACAGAAUUAUUAUCUGAUGAUAAACAAUUAAAAUCAUUUAUUUUAAGUGAUACUGAUGAAAAUGAUUUAGACCUUAAUAUUGAAUCAUUUAAUGAUUUUGAAUGUAAGUCUAUAUUAAACGAUGUAUCACGAGAAAUUAUCGAUAUAAAAGAAGAUUCAGAAAUACCAUUAAUAACUAUACAAAAUACUGAAGAUGACAAUACUCAAGAUAAAAUAUCACCAGUUAAGCAAUUAUCGGCACAUAUUGAAGAAAAUGUUAAACCAACUUAUACACGAUCUGUAUAUAGGUAUGCUGCGAAGAUUUAUGGACAAUCAGAAGAUCCACAUCAAACUAAACUUGAUCAGGAUAUUAAUGCUAUAUUAGGAUCAAGUGAUCCACCACCUGGUUUUGGAUAUCUUCAGUCAAAUAUUUACUAUCUAACACAACAACGACCUAUUCCAUUAGAACCCCUUCAAGUUUGUAUCAAUUUCAUAUUUUGUUUUCACAGAAUUGUUGUCAGUAUUAUUAUACUGAAUAAAUAG